AUGAGCCCUGCCCCGAACAUGAGCCCUACCCCAAAACAUGAGCCCUACCCCAAACAUGAGCCCUGCCCCAAACAUGACCGCUACCCCGAACAUGAGCUCUGCCCCGAACAUGAGCCCUGCCAUGAACAUGACCCCUACCCCGAACAUGACCGCUACCCCGAACAUGACCCCUACCCCGAACAUGACCGCUACCCCGAACAUGACCCCUACCCCGAACAUGACCCCUACCCCGAACAUGACCCCUACCCCGAACAUGACCGCUACCCCGAACAUGACCCCUACCCCGAACAUGACCCCUACCCCGAACAUGACCCCUACCCCGAACAUGACCCCUACCCCGAACAUGACCCCUACCCCGAACAUGACCCCUACCCCGAACAUGACCGAUACCCCGAACAUGACCCCUACCCCGAACAUGACCCCUACCCCGAACAUGACCGCUACCCCGAACAUGACCCCUACCCCGAACAUGACCCCUACCCCGAACAUGACCCCUACCCCGAACAUGACCGCUACCCCGAACAUGACCCCUACCCCGAACAUGACCCCUACCCCGAACAUGACCCCUACCCCGAACAUGACCCCUACCCCACUUGA